AUGUCUCUCGACGUGCGUUGUGGUGACGAUAUUGACGAACUUUCUUUCACCGAUUGGCUCCAGGGAACGACGAGUCGACCGAUCGGUCUCACCGGCGGCGCGCGAGGCGGUUGGAAGGCGUCCAGUCGCGUCGACGUCAAGCCCAAGGAACGGAAAGUCGCGAAAGCGCCGUCCACGCGCGCCUCUGGGGAUGGUUCUCGUAGAAGACGAAACUUAUCCGACGCGCUGUCGUUCACGGGACGCGGUUUGGAGUCCGCGCGCGCGGUCUCGGCGUCUACCUCGGAGUCGGCGCGAAGCGCGGAGCCGAGAAAACGAGAGCGAAGAGAACGACGCGCGAAGCCGAACGCGCCGAAGUUUGCUUGGAUACGGCGAUGGUUCUCGUGCGUGCACGCGUCAUCGAUCGCGGACGAGGUUUGGAUCGCGCCCGUAGAGCUGGAAUCACGCGAGACCGACGACGGGGCGCCGAACGCAAAGUCGCGAGUGAAAUCGGAAGCCCGACUGCAGGCGAGAAACCGCGCGGCCAGAUCACGCGCCCGACGCAGCAGCGUGUGUUUACAGUCGGUGAGUGAGAUGAGUGAAGCAUCGCUCGACGAGGCGAUCGAUGCGUUCGCGCGAGCGCGAGGGCGCUUGACGCCGGAGUUUGAGUCCACCGCCUCUGUGGACGAACGCUCCAUCGACGCGUCUAGAGCAAUCGAACUCACUGAUUCGUUCAAUCAGGUCGAUCAUCGAGCGUGGGGACGGUUUGUCAUCGCUGGUGAUUUACACGACGAGCCUGACGUCUCGUCCGCGUCGACACCUGAGAAUCUGGGCCAGCUGUUUGACGAGGCGGCUCAGCCCCGGUCCGAGGCAGCUUCGGUGCCCAUCGCGCUAAUCGCUCCUCACACACCGUCGCUCGACGGUCGUCCGUCAUCCGCGUGA